AUGUUGCUUUUUUGGUUACGGCCCUCCUACUUUACUGCCAGCCCAGUCCCUGGACUCCUCCUGCAGCCCCGUUAAAACACCUCGAACAAUCUACCUGGCCGAUCGAUUUGAUCGGAGAAUCAUCGUCGACGCCAUCACGGUGGAUCAAUCAUUUAGGAAGGGGCAGGAUGAUAAAAGCCGUAUUGGUGAUGAACACGCAGGGGAAGCCUCGUCUUGCAAAAUUUUAUGAAUUUCGGCCUGUGGAGAAGCGGCAGGAACUAAUACGUAAUGUGUUUUCAGUCUUGUGCAGUAGAGCUGAAAAUGUUAGUAGUUUCGUGGAUGCUGAGUCCAUCUUUGGUAAGGAUGCUCGCCUUGUCUACAAGCACUAUGCAACUUUAUACUUUGUGUUCAUAUUUGAUAGUUCUGAAAAUGAGCUGGCAAUGCUUGACUUAAUACAAGUCUUUGUUGAAACAUUAGACAAAUGCUUCAGAAAUGUAUGUGAGCUUGACGUAGUGUUCAACUAUAGCAAGAUGCAUUCUAUUCUAGAUGAGAUUAUCUUUGGAGGCCAGGUGUUGGAAACAAGUUCAACCGAGGUUCUGAAGGCUAUUGAAGAAUUGUCAAGGCUAGAAGCGGCCUCCAAUGCUAUGAACCUUGUCCCAAAAUCUGUUUCUGGUUGGAGGACGCGGUAGGCUAUUAUCAUUUAGGCUCACGGAUUGAUCUUCAUUGUAGUGAUACGUUCCAACUUCCAAGUGUUAUGAACGACGGGGGCGGGGCUGCAAUUUUUAUCAGGAGAAUCGAUAGCAUUUAUUUUGGAUAUUCUAAAGUAAAAACUCCUACGCUGAACGACAAAAUAAAAUCCAACCAAGUACAGAAGUUUUCAUCUGGAACUGCUUUGACUGAAUUGGUGCAAGGGACCUCUUUAAACUCUACUUAACCUAUUAUUUUUGUCUUUGUAAAUUGUAAUUGCAUGCCACAGAGAACGGAGAGAUGAGGAAUUGUAGUACUUGCAACUUGCAAGAAUUGAAUUUCCCUCUUGUUUGCUCCAGGACUGUACAUUUACAGUAUUUUCCCCCUAAGUUAAUCAUAUACUGCUGUUUUAUUACUAUUUUUUAAUCGGAAGAGAGAAGACAGUUAUUUUA